AUGGCGACACAACAAAAGAAAAAGCGAUUUUCUCUAUUUAGCACACCGCUAGCCGUCCCAAUUUCUCCAAACACUUCACUCCUUUCAAAUUAUUUUUCCACCACUACACCCAUCCGAGAAGAAAAAUUUCUGACACAAGACGAUGUUAGAAAAGCUCUAGAAAAUUUGGAACGAAUGGUUCUUGCUGCAAAUGAUUAUUGCGAUUCUAUCGACAAAUUGAACAAGGCAUCGAAGACUUUUAGUAAAUCACUAAGGGAUUACGGAAAUAUCAAGGGAAUGGAUGCUUCCCUUGUAAUAUGUUUUCAGUCUACAUCUCAGUUUUAUGAGAGUUACGCUGAAGUGCAAUCGAGAUUGAAUAAAUUGAUACAAAGAGAAUAUGAGACACUGCAAAAAUUCUGGGACAAGUACUCUAAAAAAGUGACGAAAGAAGAAAAGGCGCAUAAUGAUUACAUCGAUGACUUAGAUAGACAAUUAAAUAAGAUAACCGUAGAGCACGACAAGAAAAUUAAGAAAGAUGGUAAAUCAUCUGCAGAAUCAUAUGAGAAGUACAUGAACUCCGUAACGACUCUAAAUUCUGAUAUUACACGGGCGCGUAGGGAAUACGCAACGCAAGUGUCUAAAAGAGAACGAAACACGCAUGAAAUCAUCGCGCAAAUUAUUUGUCGCAUAAUAGGAAAUCAAAAUAAUUCAUUUGAAGAUUCGAAAAAAAAAGGUGAACCCACCAUGUCAAAAAUAAAUGAAAUAUUACCAUCGUUGGGAACCUUGACACAGACCUCACAGGAUGAAAGCGAAGAUAGUAGUAUAAUAUCCAGGCCUGCCAAGGAAAUUGCAAUGAUUACACGGAAAUUAUCACGAAGGGCUUCGCAUAAAGUAUCACAGUCCAUCGCAUCUAUAUCCGAAUUACAAAUAGCUGCAAUGAAUUACCUGUCUCCCGAUCCUUCAAAGUCUUUAUCCGCAGAACAAGAAUCUCUCUCAUCUUUGAGAUCUUUGCCACCCCAGAUUCCCGCUUUAAUUUCUCCGGAUCCGAUUGAUAUACAAUUUAAUCAGCAUAUGUCAACGAUGCCUGAAGAAACAAUAACUGCAGAUACGGAUCGACAAAAAGAAAAUGGUAGCAUAAAAAACCAUAGUUCCGGCUCUAUAACACCAAAUUUCGACACCUCAUUACAACCAUCCCCAUUGGCUCCUGUAACAGUGAAACCUAAGAAACCCGAUUUGGUUUCAAAAAUUUCCAUAGGUAUCCAUGAAGAUGAUCAACCAUUCUUUCGGGAUUAUGACGUAAAUUAUUCUUCUGAUGAUACCAAUGGAAUAGUCAAUAACAAAGAAACUUCAAAUGUUGUUCAGUCGUUGGAGAAAGAACAGGGUGACACUGAGAAUAAAAGACUAAGCAUCAUUACGGGAGAUGAUCUUUCGAAUGAUAGCACUAACAUUGUGCGUAGAGAAAUCGAUCAACCAAAAGAAGAGACUAAACAAGAUGGUAAUAAUGAAAAACAACUAAAUCCUGCAUACAGCUUUGACACUCGGUAUUUAGUUUGCUCAUUUCCUGUUGACUUGCCAAUUCGCACGCCACCUUAUUCACCCUCUACAUCCCCUAGACAAUCUCACAUGUAUUAUUAUAAUCCUAACUAUGUAAACAAUAAUAAUAAUUUUGACAACGAAAGGGUAGAGAUUGAAAGAAAGAUCGAACCAAAGAAGAGAGAACACCUCCAACAUAUUUUUAGUCAAUCAGAUGGGAAUAUUAGAUAUGAAGGAAAAUUUAGCGAUGAACCUGCGAAUGAUCUUCAAAAAGACUAUCAAUCAGAAACAUUUUGUUCUUCGCCGACUUCAACUAAUAAUGAAGAUGCCAUCGAUAAACAAAAUGGUAAAUCUCAUAAAUUUGAUAAUCACAAUACGACGCCGCCAUCUCCGUUAUCAGUUAAAUCCAGUGCAUCGGAAGGUGAAAAGCCUCGUUCGCGCGCCGCACAAAAUUUGAGUCCACGACGUGCAUACACAGAUUAUCAUUUGCCCACUAAUACUAAUAAUACUAAUAAACGUGCUGGCCCAUCCGUUGCUGAUUUAAGGGAACGUUUAUUGUCAUUAAGUAAUGACAAAGAAAAGACUUCCUCAACUACUCCGCGUAGCAUUCCAGUAUCAAGACAAGGUCAUGUUAUCAACUUGCUGUCAAAAUUUGACACCGAAGGUUCAAAUACUCGUCAAUCCUCAAGGUCAGGUAGUAAUUCAAAAUCAGAAGACUACUUUUAUAGAAGCCAAGAUUUGAGAUCUAGCGACUACGAAUAUAAUAACCAUAAUUACGAUGAUGACAUCGGUAGAAACAACAACGAAUUUAAGGAUGAAACAUAUGCUGUUCACAUUCAAGACGAACAUACUCUUUCUUCACCAUCCAAGCAAGAGGAAUGCGACUGUCACAUAUGUCAACAGAUUACCGAAAAGAUGAACUCAUCCUUGGAUCCUCAAGAUGAUUCGUCAACAUUCGGAAGGAGAAGUUUUUGUGAAAAUAAUAAUACGCAUGAAUAA